AUGGCCAUGGCCCUUGUGGGCCUCCAAACGCAAGCCGUCAGACCGUCGAACAUGGAAGCCGAGGGAAUUCGGGCACCGGGUGGCGUUGGCUCCAUGGACACGGAAUGCCUAGACGUAAUCAAGUUUCCCCUCCGCGAACAGUGUCCGGUGCUCAACGCCUCUCUGGAGGGGUUGUUCAUAUGUCAUAUUCCCCCAGGUUUGACCGCGACUGUCUUCACGGUCGUCUCUUCGUCUCUCCAAACAAACGCCGUCCAUGGAUACUACAGAGCAAUCCGGCCCUGGCUGCAGGCACCGCAGUGA